GUCGCGGGUGCGGGGACCGCGGCUUCCGGCGAUGGCGCUGCGCUGGGGCAUCGUGUCCGCCGGUUUGAUCUGCAGCGACUUCACGACGGUGCUGGGGGCGCUGCCUCGCUCCGAGCACCAGGUGGUGGCCGUAGCGGCGCGCGACCUGAGCCGCGCGAAGGAGUUUGCACGGAAACAUGACAUCCCCAAGGCCUACGGGUCCUACGAGGAGCUGGCCAAGGACCCGGACGUGGAGGUGGCCUACGUGGGCACCCAGCACCCGCAGCACAAGGCCGCCGUGUUGCUGUGCCUGGCGGCGGGCAAGGCCGUCCUGUGCGAGAAGCCGAUGGGCGUGAACGCCGCCGAAGUGCGAGAGAUGGUGGCGGAGGCCCGAUCCCGAGGCCUCUUCCUUAUGGAGGCCAUCUGGACCCGCUUCUUUCCCGCCGUAGAGGCUCUGCGGGCUGCUCUGGCCCAGGGAACUCUGGGGGACCUUCGAGUGGCUCGGGCAGAAUUUGGGAAAGACCUCACUCACGUACCGCGGGCCGUAGACUGGGCCCAGGCUGGCGGCGGCCUGCUGGACAUUGGUAUCUACUGCAUCCAGUUCAUCUCCAUGGUCUUUGGUGGGCAGAAGCCGGAGAAGAUUUCAGCCAUGGGAAGGCGCCAUGAAACAGGUGUGGACGACACUGUGACUGUGCUGCUGCAGUACCCGGGGGGCGUCCACGGCAGCUUCACCUGCAGCAUCACCGCCCAGCUCUCCAACACGGCCUACGUCAGCGGGACCAAGGGCAUGGCCCAGAUCCUAGACCCCUGCUGGUGUCCAACAGAACUGGUGGUAAAGGGGGAGCGCAAGGAGUUCCCGCUGCCCCCAGCCCCAGGCAAGGAGUUCCAUUUUACAAACGGAGCGGGCAUGACUUAUGAGGCCAGGCACGUCCGGGAGUGCCUGCGAAAGGGCCUGAAGGAGAGUCCUGUGGUUCCCCUGGCGGAGAGUGAGCUCCUGGCCGACAUCCUGGAGGAGGUGAGGAAGGCCAUUGGAGUCACCUUCCCCCAGGACGGACGCUGAUGUCAGCCCUCAGUAAACAAAGACAUGGUUUCCACCGAGAGGCUGGUGGUGAAGGUUUGGUGGGAGCUGGAGCGAGCCCACCAUCAAAAGAGUGACUAGAAAUGGACACAGACAGCAGGCGGGUGAGGGCCUGAGUCGGGGGG